GUAGUCGAACUUUUAAGCUGUCAGCCGGCUUGGUCACGUGACUCCAGUAUUCGGUCAAGACAGCCUUUACUGACAACAUGGCUACUCCGGCACCUGCACCCCCUACGGUUUGUCGUGGAAUAGUGAAACAGGUCUUGUCAGGAGAUGCUGUUAUUGUUCGAGGGCAGCCAAAGGGCGGACCACCACCUGAGAGGCAAAUCAACUUCUCCAAUGUUGUGGCGCCCCGCAUUGCUCGGAGAGCAAUUGGUUCUGCCUCUGAAACACCCGAUGAACCUUAUGGUUGGGAGAGCCGUGAGUUUCUUCGCAAGAAGGUGAUUGGAAAGGAAGUUCUUUUUACGGUUGAGACUAAGACCCCUACUGGUCGUGAAUAUGGUACCAUUUACCUGGGGAAAGAUAUUAUGACAGGGGAGAACCUGACUGAAACUAUGCUGAUGGAAGGCUUGGUUACUAUUUCUCGGAGGGAUAGCAUCCGUGGAGAGUCGAAGCUUGUCGAACUUGAAGAUGCAGCCAAGUCUCAGGGAAAAGGUAAAUGGAGUGGCAAAGAUGCCCAGAAUGUAAGGAACGUCAAGUGGACAUGUGACAACCCUAGAAACUUCGUAGACAAGGUGAAGGGAAAACCUGUUGAAGCUGUGGUUGAGCACGUGAGGGAUGGGUCAACUGUCCGAUGCUUCUUGCUCCCAGAUUUCAAUUACAUCACGCUUAUGAUAUCUGGAAUCAGGUGUCCCAUGAACAAACUUGAUUCCGAAGGCAAACCAGACAAGUCCUUGAGUGAACCCUACUCUGAGGAGGCUCGUUACUUUACUGAAUCGAGGUUAUUGCAACGAGAUGUGCAAGUCAUUUUAGAGACGUUUAACAACAACAAUUUUGUUGGCUCUAUCAUUCACCCUAAUGGUAACAUAGCUGAAGCCCUACUGAGAGAAGGAUUUGCAAGAUGUGUUGACUGGUCUAUAGCUACUGUAACUGGAGGCCCUGAAAAACUACGAGCAGCUGAGAGACAAGCCAAAGAAAAGAAGUUAAGGUUAUGGACGGACUAUAAACCUACCAACUUGAUGCUGUCAGACAAAGAGCGAGAAUUCACUGGUAAAGUUGUUGAGGUUGUGAAUGGAGAUGGCCUUGUUGUCAAGAGACAAGAUGGUGUAUUGAAGAAAAUAUUCCUAGCCAGUGUAAGACCACCAAGAUCACCGGAGGGUGAUACCAACAGAGUACCUGGUAAAGGUUUCCGUCCCCUCUACGACAUACCUUGGUUAUUCGAAGCUAGAGAAUUCCUCCGCAAGAAACUUAUUGGCCAGAAAGUUCAUGUGACAGUCGAUUACAUCCAACCAGCACAAAACAACUUCCCCGAAAAAUGUUGUGCGACUGUCAAGAUUGGGGACAUCAAUGUUGCAGAAGCUAUGGUUAGCAAAGGUUUUGCAACAGUUGUUAGGUAUAAACAAGAUGAUGACCAAAGGGCAAGUUGCUACGAUGAUCUCUUGUCGGCUGAAGCGAAGGCAAUCAAAUCUGCAAAGGGUCUUCACAAUAAAAAAGAGAGACCAAUUCACAGAGUUGCAGACAUUUCCAGUGAUGUGGCUAAAGCGAAGAACUUCCUUCCAUUCCUACAACGUGCUGGCCGCACAGAAGCUAUUGUUGAGUUUGUCGCCUCAGGUUCAAGAGUAAGACUCUUUAUCCCAAAGGAGACUUGUCUUAUCACAUUCCUACUCGCUGGUAUCAGUUGUCCCAGAGGUGCUAGACCUGCGCCAGGAGGUGUUUCAGGUAUGAUUCCAGCAGAGCCAUACGGAGAAGAGGCCUACCAGUUAACGAAGUCCCUUGUUUUACAAAGAGAAGUCGAGAUAGAGGUUGAUACAAUGGAUAAAGGAGGAAACUUCAUUGGUUGGUUACAUGUUGAAAAUAAGAACUUGUCAGUCUUAUUAGUUGAAGAAGGUCUCAGCACAGUCCAUGUGACAGCGGAAUCUUCGAAGUUCUACAACAUUUUGAAUGCUGCCCAAGAAACUGCCAAGAGUAAAAAAUUGAAGAUUUGGGCAAAUUUUGUAGAAGAAAAGGAGGAAAAGGUUGAUGAUACGAAUGUUGAACGGAAGUUUGAUUACAAGCCCAUGAUGAUCAGUGAGGUUUCCAGGGAUGGUACUUUAUAUGGUCAGUAUUGCUCAGAUGGGCCUGCUCUAGAACAGCUUAUGUCAAACAUUCACCAUGAAUUCACAGCUCGACCUCCCCUUGGUGGUGCAUAUGUACCAAAACGCGGUGAUCUAUGUGCUGCCCAGUUUGUUGAUGGUGCGUGGUACAGAGCAAAGGUCGAGAAAGUGUCUGGCAGCAGUGUUUCUGUUCGGUACAUUGAUUAUGGCAACAGAGAAGUAACUCAGUCCUUGAAAUGUGCUUCACUCCCAUCAAAUUUCAGUUCUGCAUCUCCUUAUGCUCAUGAAUUGCAUUUGGCACUAAUCAAGUUCAGCAAAGAUGAAGAUUUUGUUGAAGAAGCUUUGGGGCUCCUCAUGACUGAAGUCAUGGACAGAGAAGUUUUAGUGAACAAGGAAUACCGUGUUGGAGGACUUGAUUACGUAACUAUCCAGAGAUCGGACACAAAGGCAGAUGUGGCAAAAACUCUCCUACUCCAAGGUUUGGUGUUACUUGAUGAACGUAAAGACAAAAGAUUGCAGAGUGUGAUUACUGAAUACCGAUCUGCCCAGGAAGAAGCCAAGAAGGAGCACCGCUGUAUGUGGCAGUACGGUGAUGUCACAGACGAUGAUGCCCACGAGUUUGGCAUGGAACGAUAAAUGGACAGUUUUUCACUUUAGUCAUCAGAAAGUGUUCACAAAGUAUGAAAGUGAAUGUGACAAGCUUAUGAAAACAAAAGCCUUUUAAGUGAUAAGUUUGGUGUCCUUGAAAUGAAACGUUUAGGGACUGAAGUGUCUUCGUAAACAAUUUUUAUUACAUUAAUAAAUACAUAAACAGUGCCAUUUAUAGUUGGUACUACUGAACCUGAUGAAUAUCAUUAGCUUCAGUUUUUUAACUUAAAAUAACGGCACUGAUGGACCGCAGCUAAUGGUAGUGUGAGCAAGUUUGGUCUUUGUGCAAAUUAGCCCAUUCAAACUAAUAUGCCUAGACAUUUCUCACACUUUUUUGAAAUAUUUAUCACUUGACCCAGAAUAUUUAAUAUAAAUUAUGUCUCUGAGGUACUGAACCACACAUGAGUGUUAAAAGUCCUGUAGCUUUAAGUUCUUUUAUAUCAGUGCUUCCUAGACCUUUCUGAAAACGUUGGUGUGUUAACGGAAACAAUCUUUCCAGUUUUCAUUGUUGUCAUAAGCAAGGUUGUACGCUCCUUGUUAUAUUUAUUAAUUUUUUUCUUCCGGUAACAUGGUUACUGUUAUUUGUUACUUUGUAAAGAAAAAUUUAGUUGUUUGGGAAUUGAAUUUAUUUAUGGAAACGACCAUACAGUAGCUAAAUGGUUACUAGGCCUCAUAACGAAUGGGUGAUUUUUACGUAAAUGUACAAUAUAGUGGAUUUCCAUUAUGUUUUUGACAAAAUAUUGUAUAUACAAAAAAUAUAGAUACUGUAGGAUGUAAUAAUUUUUCAGUCAUGACUAUAUUACAAAUAAAAUUUUAUAUAUUAAAGUUUUAUUUUUUGAAAGUUGUUAAACGUAAACAUUGUUUUAUGAAGGUAAAGGACACCCCACUGGUGACUUAAUAAAUGUCUUCAAUUGUA